GACUAUAAAGAUGUGAUAAAUUCGCGAAACUUUACGGGAAAAGUAGUUUUGGUGACCGGAAGUAGUUCUGGAAUCGGGGAGGGGAUCACAAAACUAUUCUCUAUAUUAGGGGCCAAUGUUGUCGUCACCGGUAGGAAAGCCGAUGACGUCCAGAGAGUCGCCAAAGAAGUGCAGGAAUUGUCGCCAAAGAAACUAAAGCCAUUAGAAGUGGUCGGAGAUCUAACACAAACUGAAUUCAUCAACACUUUGAUCUCAAAUACUAUCAAAACAUUUGGAAAAUUAGAUGUUUUGGUGAAUAACGCUGGUAUUGCUUCACAAACCAAUAUCACACAAACAGAUGUAAUGCAAGCCUGGGAUCAGAUCUUCGCCAUAGACUUGAGAGCAGUCGUCGAACUGAUCCACGAAUCGGUUCCACAUUUGGAGAAAACUAACGGCACUAUCAUUGAUAUCUCGAGUAUUGCUGCCUUAACGCCGAUAGCCGAAACCCUUGCCUACGGGCCCGCAAAAGCCGGUUUAGAUAUGAUUACUAAAGUACUGGCCCUCGAAUUGGGAGCCAAAGGCAUUCGUGUCAAUACAAUC